GCUAUCUGCCUGAGAUAUAGUAAAAAAAACCAAAGGCUCCGCCACCCGGAGAGAGUGGGUAAGGUGAAUAUGUAACAGGGAGCGAUAGGCUGACGGGGGACACGCCUGACGUGCGCGGUGCCGCGAUGUCCGGAUUAACUGCAAAGGGAAGCAAGAAAUGACGGAAUACAAACUUGUCGUGGUAGGAGCUGGUGGUGUGGGAAAGAGUGCCUUAACGAUCCAAUUGAUUCAGAACCACUUUGUGGAUGAAUAUGAUCCAACGAUAGAGGACUCCUACAGGAAGCAGGUAGUGAUUGAUGGUGAAACAUGUUUAUUAGACAUUCUGGACACAGCAGGUCAAGAAGAGUAUAGUGCUAUGAGAGAUCAGUACAUGAGGACAGGAGAAGGGUUCCUCUGCGUCUUUGCCAUAAACAAUCAUAAAUCAUUUGCAGAUGUUCAUUUGUACAGAGAACAAAUUAAAAGAGUAAAGGAUUCUGAAGAUGUCCCCAUGGUCUUGGUGGGAAACAAAUGUGAUUUACCUUCACGGACUGUGGACACAAAACAAGCACAGGAACUGGCUAGGAGUUAUGGAAUACCUUUCAUAGAGACCUCAGCAAAAACAAGACAGGGAGUUGAAGAUGCAUUUUACACACUGGUACGAGAGAUUCGGCAAUACAGAACGAUAAAACUCAACAGUCAAGACGAUAGAAAUCAAGGUUGCUUGGGGUUAAAAUGCAUCAUUAUGUAAUUAGGUUAUUGGAUACCUUCUAUAUGACCUGUAAGAUAACAAGAAAAUCGAGCAAAGAUGGAAGAGAAAGACCAAAAUUCCUGGUGUGAGAUUGACCCCACCUGAUCCUUUUUUUUAAAUAUAUAAAGAAAUCUGUUGAAUUGUACAAUAGGUUUACUAGGUACAGGUGCACUAUUUGCUCAUUCUCUUUGUGCAUUACACUAAACGUACCGGAUGUAAUUUUUAUAGUACACUAACAAAAUCAUGCUGCAGAUGUGUGAUCAGACUGUGGUAAUACAAGUCUGAAUGCAAACUGAUUUUUCAAUAUAAAGUGCCUGUUUACUGUAACAACUAUUUUUGCUGUUUUAAACCCUUGUGCUUACUAGAAUUGCCUACUUUUGGCCAACAGAUUUUGUAUGUGUAAACAAAUUUAUUUUGUCCCGUUUGUUUGCCUUGGAAGUAUAGAAUAUCAUCAGUAUGUUGAGAUCUACAUUGACAGUUGAUUAGAAUGGUUUAUGUGGGCAGGCACACCAAGUAUUAAAAGGACACUCGGGCUAAUACUGUUCAAAUGUAGCCGCAAUUACCUACCAUAACAAUCCAAUGGAUGUGACCAUUUUAACCUGUGCAAGAAAGUCACAAAGUGGUUGUACCACACUUGGUAUGAAGGGUGUAUUCUUUAUAUUUAUUGCCUCCCUUGCUAAAUUAUUGUAGCCCGGAAGGAGACUAGGUUGCUUGUCCAAGAUCCUGAUUUAGGAAUUGAAUACGGUGGUUCUGCAGAUUAGCUUUCUUGUUCACUUCUCUUCAAUAUCCAUGCUUAAUCAUACCAUUGGGAAAAUAAUGGACUGGCAUUCAUAGAAAGCUAAGCAGUGGCCCUAAUGAAUACAAUGUGGUUCUUAAGUUAUUUUGUUUGAAAGUUUAAAAAAAAAAAGGAUUGAUUUUAGUUUGGAAUAUUUUUAUGACUAAUUUCUGAGUGCGGUAACCUUGAUUUUUACUUGAUUCGAAUUAGCUUUGUUGCAAAGGAUCAAAUAUUUUUUUCAGCUUUAACACUCACUUUCACUGCAAGGUACAAGGCUGAAGUUGUCUAUGGCCAUUAAUUGUCUAUGGCCAUUAAUAGGCAAGGAAGGGAGGGGCACAUGAGCUUUAUUUUCUCUCGUGUUUUGUGCAUUGGGGCGUGUUCAUCAAUUCUUUCAGCAUUGCCAAGCAGCGUUAUCCAUGUGGAGCCUUCCAGGGAUGUGGUUUAAUGACAAUUGUAUGAUGGCUGGAUAUCUAAAACAAAUUUGUUAGAAACACUAGCUAGUCAAAGCAGGAGCCAUAAAGUAACUUUGCAACCCUUGGCAUGCUCGUGCGUGUGUGUGUGUUGGAGAUGGGGGUGGAAUCCUUAAGACUGUUUUAAAACAAAUAACCAGUGAACGAGUUUUAGAUCUAAGCUUUUCCUAUACUUUACUUUGUGGUCAUAAAAUUGAGGCGUAAAAUACUUCUUGGUCGGGAGCACUGUUUAAUUGAAAACCAUCUUUAGUACUUGGAAGCAUUACAAAAAAAAUUACAGUAUAAUUUAAGGUAGAUAUCGGUAUAAUGAAAUUCCGUGUUAGUAUUUAAAAAAAAAAAAUGUUUUAAUCCUUAAUAGUUCCAUGAAUGAUUGCCUGACAUUCAAUUCGGGAAGAGGUUGUUAGCAAUCUGCAAUGGUGUGUAAUAAGGAUUGCUUUUUCUGACAUCCAGUGGUGUAUUAUUCUGCAGUACUAGUGCAUAUGCAGUGCAGGUUUUUCAGUUCCCACCUUAAAAUGAUGAUUUUCCUUUUAAGCUUAAUAUUCAUUGCAUAGUGACCUUUAGUUUAUAGCAGGGUUUGCUUUGUUUGGUAGGCUCAUGUUCAUUGCCUCCACAUGUUAACUGAUCUAGGCAAGGCCUGCUCAGGUUUAAGCUCUAGAAUUGGGGAGCUUGGAGCCUGCAGAGGCACCUGUACUUGGCAGCAAAGGAACAGGAGUAGGUUAUUCAACUCUCAAUUAGUUAUGCUUAUUUUGUGUGUUGAGGUAAAUAAUAGCAAAUUAAACUUGUUUUUCAACAUGACCUAUUCUGAUAACUACUGUGUUAACCUUUCACCUGACAAAGACUUUAAUUAGAUUUUUGCAUUGUACAUAAUUGCCUGAUUACAUUUUUAACUCAUGCAUUUUUUUCUCUUUUAACUAUAAUACCCCCUGAGAUACUAAGUCUUAAUAUAGGCUUAAGAAGAUAAUGUUUGAUUUACUAGCAGUCCUAGCUAUGUUUUUGUGUUCUUUCGAUUUUAAGUUUGAUUUAUUUUCCAUCCAUUCACUUCAGAUACAUGUAGAGAAUAUUUAUUUAAUCUCCAGUUUCUUUCUUUGCCAUGAGCUACACCUUGCCUCAGGACAUCCAGAAACUCUGUACACUGUUGCACACAUUUAUUGCUGUGGCCUUCUGUUGAACAGAUUGGGGCAGAUCUUUUCCCCAAUAUUUAUUCUGUGUAAUCAUACAGGUGAUAUGUUAAAAAUACCAGUCUCAUGUUAAAGUAUGGAACUGCAGUUAUUAACCACUAUAUUCUGAUGUCAAAUUCAUUGUACUAUUGAUUAACUAACACAAUUGCAUACUCACUAUGGGAAAGAGCAAACUGAAGUCGUUGGUUCACCUCACCAAUCAAAUAAGAUCAUGACUAUUUUGAGACCUAAUUCCAUAGACCCACCAAUGCCCCAGUCCUCAUAGACUGCUUUUCAAAAAUGUCACUUUUUUUGUUAAUUAAUUGGAUCAGAAGUUGAAGGCUAGGUUUGCUUCUCUAUUAUUACUCCAAAUUGGUGUUACCCGUGGACUCAUUUGACUCAAACGCAGAAUCAAGGCACCAAUGUAUUGAAAGGACCUGUAUUAUCUGCUCAGAACCUCCCACGCAUAUACAAAAAAUCUAAAAUAAAAGAAAAUCCUGAAAACGCUUGAGCGCAGGCAGUAUCUGUGGAACGAGAAACAGACUACAUUUCAGGUUGACUGUCCCUUACCAGAAUAAAACAGUACAAAUAUUCAGUUCCAUUAAAAACGCUCUUGUGUUGUAGCCCUCUGCCUAGAAGCUAGUGAAUCAUACAUUAGCUUUUUAAACUACAUAGGUUUACUUGAAAAUUAUUCUGAAAUUUUCUGUUUGUAUCCUUCGUGGUAUUGUAUUGUGGUUGUGAUUGUAUUUAAUGUUGAUGCGUUUCCAGUUUUGUUCAGCGGUCCAAGUUGAUCUCUUGAGCCUGAUGACUUGUUCUGAUGUAAUUAAACUAUUGGAAUAUAGUGGCAAAGGUUUUGUUUAGCAUGUACCAAAACAUAUGCUGUGACUUCAGAUAAAUUGAAAACCAUAGAUUUCAAUUGCAUUAAGAUUCUGAGAGACAUCAUUUUUUUUUUUUGCUUCAGUCUGCAGGAGCUAAAUCCAAACACCCAAUGCAGAUACAGCUGAUGCUUUCUGCCAUUAACAUUAUUACAUCUCUUCAAAUCUAUUUUUUUGUAUUGCAAAGUUCAUAUAACAAAUUUUAUAUAUUUAAAGAAUGUUAAAUUUAGUCAAAGUAUGUGAAAAGUUGUAAGUUUUUCCUUACUUUCAUAUUGUAUAGGGAUUCAUUGUACAGUUUGCAGAGGGAAAAUAUUCUCCCAAUUUUUUAUAAUCAUCUCCAACUUGGGCUAGAGUUUAAUAUACUUUGAUAAAAUAGGCUUGCUUUGGACAAUUUUGCUUUGAUAUUUUCAUUUAUUCUGUUUUGGUGUGGAGUUGGCCAUCAAUCUAAAAGUUAUUUUCCAAAAAAAAGAUGCUGUCUCUCUCUCUGACUUAUGCAUAACAGAAGAGCACUUUCCUCAGUUCUUCUGAGCAUGUCAUGAGAACACAGUUUGUAUUGGGAUUUUCUUGGUUGAGGCCAUCUUUUUGUGAUGCACUGCACCAAAUGAGCAUGUUCAGUACAUAUUAAGAGAUUUGGGUAAAUAUUGAUGUAUCUGAUAAACAGACUGUAACAUAGCAUUUCUCUCGUUUUUACAGAACGUUUUUGCUUAUUUGGAAACACUCAAAUGUACAUUGCAGCUUUAAAUUGUACCUUGAAUUAUAACUCUGCAAAAUGACUGUACCGUGUGGAAUUGUGCAGUGUAUAUUGCAGUUCUGGAGGCGUAUACACUUUGAAUUUAACAUUUUUAGUUUCUGCACUAGUUGGAGAAAAUACUCAAAAUUGGCACUCACAACCUGAUCCAAUGAUACAUUGUUGAUAAAUAAUUGAAUAUUAUGUGGAUAUGACUUUACAUGUUGAUGAAUCUAGCUCCUUGUGUUAAACCAUUAAACUAACAUACUGAUGAGGUUUCCUCCUCUCUAUGAUGACCCUGUGUGACAAUGUAUAAUGAUGGUAGAUAUUCCACCCCUUGGGCUGGUUGGAGUUCUUUAUAAUUUGAGAGAGACUAAAUAAUCAGUGUUUUGUGAAGAGACCUAGCAAAUUGUUUAAAACUUUGAAUAUUAGCAUCCAGUGAGUGGACCCCAUUAAAAUCUGGAUUACUGCAUACAUUACUGUUACAGGUUUUGGACAUCAUUUAUUUUGCUUUAUUCACCUUGUAUUUUGUAACAAAAACUUCGAACAGAUAAGCAAUUUUUAAGUGUUUCUGACAUUCUUUAACAUUCUCCCCUGCUUAUGCUCCACCCCUCAAAAAUCAAUAAUUGCAAAUAAAGAAAUUAAAUGUUGCUGAUCUUGUUUUAUUUUUUUUGUGCACUCAGGAUUUUUUCAGAUUUGACAAUAUUCUGAGUGAAAGAAAAUAAUUAUGUACCCUUUAACAAUGUAAAUGCUAUAUCUUUUUACUUUUUAUUAACUCCAUCCUGUGUUCUGUAACCUAAGUGCUGGUUUGAAAAUAUGUGAAAAUAGCUGGCUAAAGUAUAUUUCUUAGCACGUUGCAACGAAUCU